AUGUCUGCAUCUUUAAACCAGACACCCGCUACUAAUCGAAGUCAGUCAAAACGAAAGAAAUGUGCUAACCCCAGUCGUGGAGAUAUCGGUGAAAUUUUCAAUGAUGACUGGGAAGAUGUUGUGCUUGGUCCUAAAAAGCGAUUAUUACAACCUGUCGGCGUUAACUUCGAGUCAUUGCCACAAAAUGUAUAUGAAUUUGUCAAAAUAAAAAAAAACGAAUUAGAAAUAUUACCUGAAAACAUAGGAAAAACAUAUCUUCCGCAUUCACGAGAUCCAUUUUCUAUCGUAUUGGCAAAUUCAGAUCCAAUUCGAGUUUCACAAUUGGAAUCUUGUUCAUUGAACAAUAAGCUGCCUCGUAAAGUAGGUCACAUUUUCAAUGUUGGUGGAUCUAUUUGGGCGAUGGAUUGGUGUCCUAAUAAACAAAAUCAACAUAAUCAAUAUUUGGCUAUAGGUGGUUACAAGUCAACUACCGAAGAACAUCACUAUAUUGCCCGGCGCCAAAAAAACGAUGUGAAUUACGCGAUACAAAUUUGGAAGAUAGAUUGUCAAGAUGAUGCCACUUCCAUAAAGGAUCCAAAAUUGGACAUAGUUAUUUGUCAUGAAUAUGGAUGUACUUUUGAUUUACAAUGGUGUCCUUAUGGAGCUCAAGAUGAUUGCGAGGAUGCGUUCGAAGGUCAAUCUGAGAAUUUCAUCCCAAAAUUGGGAAUGCUUGCGGCAUCUUUCAGUGACGGAUCUAUUGGAAUAUUUGCUAUCCCUCAAUCAGAUUAUGUACGACAUAAGUUUAACUUGUCUCAAGAACCACUAUACGUAAAAUUUUCGAACCCAUUGUUGGUUCUCUCGUUACCUCAGGUUCUUUGUUGGACCGUUAGUUGGGGUGGUCACAAAAAAAUUGCCACCGGCUGCACUAAUGGCGAUAUAGCAAUAUGGGAUAUUGAAGACAUUUUAACAUCUAAUGCCACGAAUGAGACUCUUAAUGAUUCAGAAGCUCAUGAUUCGUGUAUCCGUCAAAUAACAUGGAAUUCUAUUGAAAAUCCUAGCCACACCUUGAGUUGUGGACACGAUGGUAGAUUGCUUAUUUUUAAUGAACGUGAGCCAUGGUUUAAAAACAUGAUUCAGCGAAUUAGAGCAUUCAUGAUGACUGCGUGUUGGCCGUGUCAUUAUGGCGGAAUCGCCUUUGCAGAUACUGAUAACACAAUAAGAUAUAUCCGUAUGGACGACCUGAAAAAGACAACCGGACUAAUUAUGCACCAUGCUAACGUUUUUAGAAUAGCGGCGUCUUAUUUUCACCCAUUUAUGGCGAGUUGUUCAGCAGAUGGUACAGUAAAAAUGGCAAAUAUUUGUCGAUUAAGAGAUAGGCAUCAGAAACCGAUACAAGUGACUUUAUACCGUAUUGGAUUAGACGAAGACCAAAAAACUGUUUUGUUUUGGGACAAUAUUAAAUCUCAGGAAACAACUGUUACAUACCAUACCUCGCAAGCUUUUAGUCACUUUUUUAAGCCGGAAGUGUCUAUUCAGCGUAUAGCAUGGAAUCCAAAUCUUAAUGCAGGUACAUGGAUUGCGUCUGGCGGUACAUUAGGUCUGGUCAGGGUCGAAUCUGCUGAUCGUGAAUAA